AUGUGGCAGCUUCCAAGGUUUCUGGAUCUUCGAAAAGAAAAGAAAGAGAUUUAUAUUUUUGAAAAUAACAUCUACUACCAGCCUGAUGUAAAGAGCAGCUCAUUGCGCCUGACAUCUUCGGGAAAAGAAGGAAUUAUUUUUAAUGGAAUUGCAGACUGGUUAUAUGAAGAGGAACUUCUCCAUUCUCACAUUGCCCACUGGUGGUCUCCAGACGGUGAAAGACUGGCAUUCCUGACCAUAAAUGACUCCCUGGUUCCUAGCAUGGUUAUUCCCCGAUUUACUGGAGGCCUAUAUCCAAAAGCAAAGCAGUAUCCAUACCCUAAGGCAGGUCAAACAAACCCAACAGUAAAGCUGUUUGUAGUUAAUCUGUACGGACCAGCGCAUACACUGGAACUGAUGCCACCUGACAGCUUUAAAUCAAGGGAAUACUACAUAACCAUGGUGAACUGGGUAAGCAACACGAAGGCUGUGGUGAGAUGGUUAAAUAGACCCCAGAAUAUCUCCAUCCUUACAGUCUGUGAAACAACAACUGGUGCUUGCAGCAGGAAAUAUGAAAUGCAGUCAGAACUUUGGGUUCCUAAACAGAAUGAAGAACCCGUUUUCUCCAGGGAUGGCACUAAGUUCUUCAUGACUGUCCCAGUGAAACAGGGAGGCCGGGGCGAAUUCCACCACAUAGCCAUGUUUAUUGUUCAGACUAAAAGUGAGCAGAUCACUGUGAGACACCUGACAUCGGGAAACUGGGAAGUUAUCAGAAUCCUGGCAUAUGAUGAAAAUACUCAAAACAUUUAUUUCUUAAGCACUGAAGAGUCCCCAAGAGGAAGACAGCUGCAUAGUGUGUCAACAGUGGGAUCAUUGAAUCGACAGUGCCUCUCAUGUAACUUUUUGAAAGACCAGUGCACAUACUUCAGUGCAAAAUUUAGCCCCAUGAACAGGCAUUUUUUACUGCACUGUGAAGGGCCGGGUGUUCCAGUUGUUAGCGUGCACAGUACCAGUGACACUGGAAAGUUUUAUAUUUUGGAAAAUAAUGCUGUGUUGAAAGAAGCUGUUUUUAAGAAAAAGAAUUCCAGGACUGAAAUUAAAAUGCUUCACAUUGAGGAUUACGAACUCCCUUUACAGUUGUCACUUCCAAAAGAUUUCACGGAUCGGAACCAGUAUGCCCUUCUGUUAAUGAUUGAUGAAGCUCCAGGCAGCCAGUUGGUUACAGAUAAAUUUCACAUUGACUGGGACUCAGUGCUUGUCAACUCUGAUAAUGUCAUCAUAGCUCGAUUUGAUGGCAGAGGGAGUGGAUUUCAAGGCCUCAAGAUCCUACAGGAGGUCCACCGAUGCUUAGGAUCAGUGGAAGUGAAGGACCAAAUAGCAGCUGUAGAAUCAUUGUUGAAACAGCCCUUCAUUGAUCCUAAGAGACUGAGUAUAUUUGGAAAGGGGUACGGUGGCUACAUUGCAUCAAUGAUUCUGAAAUCUACUGAGCGGCUUUUCAAGUGUGGAGCUGUGGUGGCACCAAUUACAGACAUGAAGCUAUAUGGUGAGUAUUCCCCACCCUUCAACUUUCGGAUAUCUUUUAUUCAUCAUAACAACUGGGAGAUAAUGCAGCAAUAUCAGCUGAGUCUCACCUCACUUUAA